UUUUUUGCUAAGCUUUUGACAUUUUUUUCAAAUAAAAACUGGCUUGGUAAUUUUAAAAUCAUAAGCUUUAGUUUUAUAAAGUAUGUUGUUUCUGCCAACUUUGUCAGGCAAUGCUUGUCUACCUUCUAUUAAAAAUAAGUCUAUACCUCAUUAGAAAGUGUUCCUAUAGCUGACUUCUAGGCCGUCACUUCACAUAACCGGAUGUUCUAAUGAUAAUGAAGCACACAUAUUUAAUGUGGUUGAACCCCCGUGUCCGAUGGUACUUGCUUGGACCAGUUCGUGUUGUGGACGCCAGCUUGACUUGCAGUGCACAAGUUAUCAAUUCUUAUCCUCCCUCUGGCGCCAGAAGAAGAACCGUCAAUCCGCAUCUCUUCGCAAAGUGUUUUACAGCAAACGAGUGUGUGCGAGAGUGAGAGGGAAGUCAUUUUUCUGUUCAUCCCGGUGGGGACUUGUCUCUCAACAGCUCGCAUGCUCUUUCCAUCUUUUCACUUCAGUCGACGCGGACCCGGGAGCCCCGUUCAACAGUUGCUUUUGUGCUUCAGCCUUUACUCGUCCGUGUUUCCUCACCCGUCUAACCUCUGCGUCCUCGUCCUGUUUCUAGGCUUUCCCCUCACCGGCAACUCACCCACCAGCCGUCAUUCUUCUUGUGCCCUCGAAUCUUAACAAUAUUUCUUCUUUUACCCAUUUCUCAUCCGCACAUUCAUCCCCAAACACCUUAAUGUUCUAGCAUACUCUCUUCAUUUUUUUUUUGCAUUGCAAUUUUAUUUCUCCUCGUCUCCCCCCACUUCCACUAUGGAUUCACUUUAUUACUCGGCUCCCAGACCCUUCAACAAGUAUCCACGUGGCUACAGACCGGUAACCGAUAGUACCCAAGAUUUGAGAAGUUUCGGAGGCGGACUACGUCCGUCAAGCAGUUGGUCGUCGUUCCCUCAACAAGUUGUCAUUGACCAGCGGUCAGCGACCCUUCCACAUUUUCCAUCCUCAUGCGUUUCGCCCGUUUCUCCAACAUCCCCUGUCGACCGCAAUACUAAUUAUUGGACAGCUGAAGAACCUCCAAGAUCUCGUCGGCCAAUACGAUCGGAAAGCAAUUCUACUCUAUUCGACAAUAACUUCUCUCCACGUGAGCUAUCUCCUUUGUCAGUGGCCAGUGAGUACUGUAACAAUCCUCAACCAGCAAGUAUGUACGGUCAUCGAAGUGUCCAAAGUCCAGUUCCAGCAUUUCAAGAUGCUCCACCCCGAGGUUAUGACAAUGUGCCACCACCCCAAUCAUACAAGCAGCCGACGCAUCCGUCGCCUUCCCAACGAGAAACAGAUUUUUUGAGAAAUCUGCAACGUCAGAAAGCCGAAGCACACAAUAUGUCUUCGAGCUGGUAUGCAGGGGAUCAGUCGUCUCGUCAGACAGAUUUUGGCACUCUUCCGUCUCCACAACACUAUAAUUCUAAUUCAUCGGAUCACCAUCCGCCAAGACGAUUAGCAAAAACCCAAUCGGAUUUGUCGUUUGACUCUCUCAACAACACUUAUUUCAAUAACACCUCAAAUCAUACUCCAAGUAACACCUUCCUCAAUCAUUCUACUGUUGAUAGUCAUAAUAAUAGCUCUGGUCAACUUCAUAAUUCUAUUAAUAACUACACGGCAAGCACGAAUGGUAAUCAAGGUCAUCGAUUGGAUGGAUUUUUCCGAAACCGAGUGAUUGAGCCAAACUGGAUGACUGACCCACCACCGCCAAAAUCGUUCCGGGAGGAUUACAUUAUCAGAAAUGCACCUCUCAAUUCAAAUUUGAACUCGGAUUUUGAACGCUUUCGGUUAGAGCCUACUUAUCGUGAGCCUAGAGGUAAUUCCUUGGUGUCUGAGCAACCCAACUUUCGGAGCUAUCACAACGAUGAACCGACUCAGGAACAGCCUAAUCCUCGGUAUCAACGCUCUUCGUCCAAUUUCAUGCAACAACGAGAUCCGAGCCCUGUAAGAUCGCCUCCAAUCAUCUCAUAUGCCCAACAAUCGAAUCCUUUUUCGUUCCCAAACCCGAUAAAUCAAGUCAACUAUAACCAAGAAGAUCAUUCAUCAAGAGUAUCAACAGGCGGGUAUCAAGACCGGCGAGUGGCACAAGCGCCGAAAGAAGCAACAACAAAUGUCUACCAGAAUGUUCCAGCCGCAGCAGCGGUAAAUUUCCGAGAGAAAGAGCGGCCAACCAGUCAGUAUUUGGAGUCGAAUCGUAAUUCGGCAGCGUUCCCUAAUGAACCAAUAAAAUUGACAAAUGAUCGUGUACUCCGGAUUCAUCCUCAUCAGCAGGUACAAGACCAAUAUCAUCAUCAUCAAAUGCCCGAAGAGCCCCAUUAUCCCCAGCCACAUCAGCCCAUUCAACAAUCUCAACGUGCUAGGAUUCAAUCACCACUUCGUGAUUUCGCCAGACUCACUUCCCCAAUUCGUGAGGUUGCCCCUCAACCAUAUCAUCCGCCACAGGCGCAGAAUCAAAAUCAGAAUCCAGAGCGAAUUUUCAGUCCAGUUGAGUCAAAAGUGUUUAAUCGAUCGGGUCCAACUGUAAUUAAUGGCUUCACGAGUAACCGUCACACGUAUAAUAGUCACACCGAUGAUUUCGAUUCGAGAAAUCGACGUGACUCGUCUCAACCACCAGUGGCUAUCAUUGAGCCGAAUAUCAAUGUUCACAUGCCAUCCGACCCGAUGCCAUACAACAAACCUCAUUUCGGACAUGGUCACGGGCAUAGCAACGGGAAUAAUAAUGUACAUUCGGUGAAACCAACAUCUCACUACUCAAACCCAACGUUUUCACCGACUUCAACUUUUUCACCAAAUUCGAACUACGACAACGAUAACGACAGUGAUCUGGAUAUUGAGGAAAUGGCACGUCGUGCGCUUCCGAGGUAUCUACGAGACAAUGAAAAAACGGGACGACACAGAAACUUAUACGGCGACAAUUUGCACGGGAUUCUUAUCAAAAAUCCGUCACUUCAUCGGAGUUCUUCAAAGAAAGUUGUAUUUAUAGAUCAGAAUAAAGCGUCUGCUGCCGCUUCUGCCGGUGACUCUGGAGAAGUCCCAGCUCAUGUUCGUGCUUACGAUGAUGCCAUCGAGGAGCCACUGGCCAAUUGGAGCAAGUUGACAGAUCAACUCGGCGGCGAUCUUGCUGCUGUGAAGCCAAAAGUGUUGGCUAUGUUUGCCAGUAUGCGCAACUAUUUAUGGUCUGCUGCUGGAAAAUCGGAGCCAUCGGCCGAGGAAGCUCAGAAGAUGCUCACUCCAGUUAUUAACUUGCUUGGUGAAAUCAACAAUUUCAAGGACACGAAGAGAAAGACCCCUCACUGGAACCAUCUCAAUUCGGUGGCUGAAGCACUUCCGGCUCUUGGAUGGGUGACCGUGAAGAAAACCCCAGCUCCAUACGUGAAGGAGUUCAUUGAGGCUGCUCAAUUCUACAUCAACCCAAUUCUCCGCGAGUUCAAGGAGACCGAUCCAAGACACGUUGAGUGGACCAAGGCUUGGAAGGCUGUAUUUGAAGAGAUGCAGAAGUUUGUUCGUCAAGUUCACACUACUGGUCUAGUCUGGAACAGCGCUCCAGGAGCCGCCCCUGAUGCUUCUGCCUCUGCUCCAUCUGCCGCUGCUCCAUCAGCUCCAAAAGCUCCAGCAGGUCCAGGAGGACCACCCCCACCACCUCCACCACCACCAGCCGACUUCUUCGCCAACAUUGCUCCGCCACCAGUAGAUGCUGACAAGGCAAGCCGUGAUGCUCUCUUUGCUUCGUUGAACCAGGGAGAGGGAGUUACUUCUAGACUGAAGAAGGUCACGGCCGAUAUGCAGACUCACAAGAACCCAAACCUCCGAGGAACCGCUGUUGUGCCAGCCGCUGGUGCUUCUCAGGGCGGCUCAUCUCCUGCCAAACCAGCUGCUCCAGUAAGGAAGCCACCACACAAGGAGCUGGAAAACGGAAAACAAUGGAUUGUGGAGUACUUUGUCAACGAUCCAAACAUUGUUCUCGAUGUUGCCGAUAAGAAGCAGACUGUCUAUAUCUACCGUUGUGAGAAUUCUGUGAUUAAGGUCAACGGAAAGGCCAAUUCUAUUACUUUGGACGGGUGCAAGAAAACGUCUGUUGUGUUUGAUGCCCUUGUGGCUCAGUGCGAAACUGUCAACUGCCAAUCUGUGCAAAUUCAGACCCUUGGAGAGCUCCCAACUCUUUCAAUCCAGAAGACUGAUGGAUGCCAGGUGUACUUGUCAAAGGUGGCUCAAGGAUGCGAGAUUGUCACUUCCAAAUCCAGUGAGAUGAACAUCUCCGUGCAAACCAAUGAUGAUGGGGAUUAUUCGGAGUUCCCGGUUCCGGAGCAGUUCAAGACAACUUUUGUCAAUGGCAAGCUAGUCACUGUCGUCUCGGACAUUUGCUAAAUCUUCUCACGUCAUAACCUUAUUUUUCAACUUCAUGAACUAUCCCCUCGAACUUUUUUAUUUGUCCCUGUCUACAAUUCUUUAUAAGCAAUUGAGACACACUUUGCUUUAUUAAAUAAUACCGAUUUUGUUUUGUAUAUGCAUUGACUGGUGCUCAACUAUUUUUAUUGAAAAAAUUACUUUUUACUGUCUCGUCGAAUAAAAGUGAUCCCUUCCAAAAAA